AUGACUGUUAGGAUUUCUGGUUCAUUGUAUGUGACUUCUAAUACCUUUUUCUCUGAGGUUUCUGAUCUAUCUUGCCUGUUGACAAAUAUGGUGGAAGUUGAUGAGGUUUCUGAUCUAAAAUCAGCAUUCAGUACCAGUGGCAAGGUACUAGAUGCUUUUAGGAGUUCCCUAACUCCUAAAAUUGUUGAGGCACUUGUGUGUGCACAGGAUUGGCUGAGGUUAGCCAAUCAACCUAUCUCUAUUGAAGAAAACAUUGAUGAUGUUGAAAGGAUUGAGAAAGAGUUGUGCAACACAUCCAGCUCUGGAGUUGUAUCUUCAAUGCCUACCAUUCUUGUAUGCACGCCACCUCGAGCUGCGGUGGUGCAGCCGCGUAACAGACAGGCGGUAGGGAGCACCGUUGCCAACAACAACGUUAAUGUGGAAGUACAAGUAGUCCCAGAAAUAAGGUUAAAUAUUAAAAGCUUCGAGGAAGGGAGCAUAAAGGGAGAGGAGAGAGAGAAUGAAUGCGCUAUUUGUAUCGCCGGUUUCGAGAAAGGCGACAUCUCCACCAUUCUCUCCUCAUGCAACCAUAAAUUCCAUUCAGAUUGCAUUGCUAUUUGGUUGGUACUUCAUCAAACUUGCCCCAUAUGUAGAGCUACGGCUGUUCAGCCUGUUUCAUGA